AUAUUUCCAUUUUAUUUUUAUGAUGAAAUUGGAGAAAAACUGUUGAACUUUUGUUGGAGACAUCAUAUUAAAAAUGAAUUUAAUAGGAAAUGAUCAUUUCAGCCCUUGUCUACAUUGUACGGGGACCAACUUUUAUUGGAAAACGUUCGUUACGACAAUUCGACAAAUUUCAAUAACAUGCUGAGGCAAAAACUGAGGCAGCAACAAUUGGAAUCUGAGGAAGACUCUAAAUGGUUAGCAGAAUCCGAAACUCAUUUGAAAAGACUGAGUAUGAGUCACAACCCAGACGAUCAAGACACUCCAGAAAGUGGCUUAACUUCACCUCCAACAAGUCCUAGCUACAUUAACCCGGUCCCCUACCAGCAUCCUCCUACUACGGUAUCUUCAGGUAGCAGCAGAGGCAACAAUGGCACACAGAGUAAUGCCGGUUCUAUGAGCAGCAGCAAGAGCCACUCUCCUGCAGGGUCUCUGACCAAUACAAUGACGCCCAGCGGAAAGAAAGAGAUGAGUGACAGUGCUCAAAGCGGAUCUGUGAUAGGCGAGUCUGAUAAAAAGGUAAGUUGA